AUGUUCAAGACCAGCUACCUGCGCGAGGUGCGCAAGGAAAAGUAUGAGCGCUCAGAUGUCUUUGAAGAGGAACCCGAGGACUCUGAAACCUCUGCAGGCAUCUCAGCCAUCCAGGGUUGGGAGAGUCUUCAGGAGCUCAACAGCCGCUUUGCCCGGUACAUCAACAGGGCUCGAGUCCUGGAGCAGCGCAACGCCGUGUUCCGCAAGCAGCUGGAGACGUUGCAGCGGAUGGAAGAGGCCAGCGGUCUGGAGGAGGCCUUCACAGAGCAGAUCGAUGUCAACAGGCAACGCAUCCACGAGCUGUCCUCGGACCGUGCCAAACUGGACCGAGAGCUGAAGGAUGCUUGCCGCAUGCUGGAUGAAUUCACCAGCAAAUAUAGAAAUGAAUGUGACUAUCAAGAACAGCUCCGGGGCACGCUGGAACAGUUAAACAAGGAAGCUGACAGUGCUCUUCUGAGAAACCUGGAGUUCCAGAUCCAAUCACAGUUCUUGCAGGACGACAUCAACUCCACCAGAGAUAGACACAAGAAGAACCUCGCAGAGAUCCAGACCUAUGUAAACAUUUUGCAGCAAAUCAACCAGACACUUCCCCUUGUUCCCAAUGUGUCAGUGGGCAUCUCCGAGGAGCAGGAGAAGCUGCUGGCUCAGAGGAAAGUGCCAGGGCUGCAGAGUCAGCUGGAGGAAUACAAGAGCGCCCUCUGUCAGCUGCAGGCCCAGAAACUGCGCCUACAAACUGAGACUACUAUGUUGGAUCAAGCCAUCAAAAACACACAGGAGAGUUAUGACGAUGAGAUCCAGAUGUACAAUGAGCAAAUCGAAUCUCUGCGAAAGGAGAUUGAGGAAGCUGAGAGGUCCCUGGAAAAGUUCACCAGUGAAUGUCGCCACCUGGCCAUGUACCAGACGUCUCUUGAGAAUGAGCUGGAGAGGUACAAGAGGAUCAUCGAGAACGAAGAUAACAGGUUGAAUUCAGCGAUAAUUGGCACUCCCAUUACCCUGUUCACCACUAAUUACCGCUACACUCACACACCCACUGCAUCAAGCAAGGGGAGAGAUAUCACCCAGGCCAUCCAAGAUAUCACCAGCAUCAAGCCACGCCAGAAGAUCCUGGCCAAGAAGGUCCUUAAGAAGAAAGAGCUGACCCCGAAAGAUGUGAUAGACAGUGGCCAGGAGGAAAGAAAUGGGGGAGCCCAUGGAGAGACUCCAGAUGAAGAAACAAAGGGGAUCCCAUCAGAGCAAGUGCAGGAGGAGAGGGUGAAGAGACAAGAGCAGAGACCUGUUCUCACUGGAGUGUCUCCACAGGAUGUCCCAGAUGGAGCUCAGAUCAGCAAAGCCUUUGACACUCUUUGUAACAUCGUCAGAGACAGAAUGAGGAAGUACAAGAAACCUGAGCCAAUCGCUGACUUCUACACCAAGGGUCGUUACGUCCUUGUCACCGGUGACGGCAGCUACCCAGAUCCCUGUUUCUGCACCUCCACACCAUCAGCCGGCCACAUUUACGUCACUAUCAACAAUGGAAUGAUGUCUCCCUAUGAGCCUUAUGGGCGCAGUACACCCCCCCCUCCACCUCCUCAGCCCAUGGUAGGUCCUAGGCCUCUCACUCCCACCCGGCCCGCUAAUGCAGGAGGAAAGGAUGAUAAUAAGGGCGGAAGAGGUAAGGACAAUGGAGGUAAAGGUAAGCAAAAGAGUGGAGAGCCUCAGCCUCAGCCUCAGCCUCAGCCUCAGCCUAAAGAUCCAUACCCAGUCCCUCCACCCACUGGACCAAACUCCGGCCCUAAAGAUCCCACUCCAGCUGCCGAUCACUCUGGCAGCUACACCCCAGACGCCAUGAGCUAUGAGAAGGUGGAGGUGGUGGAGUCUGUGGAGAAGUUCUCCAAUGGCCACAAGGUUAAAGGUUAUGAAGAGACUUCCAUGGUGGUGGAGACCAUGAUCGAGAAGUCCAGCAAGAAGAAACAUUGA